AGGAGGUGAUGCAGACCGUGCAGCCCCUCCUCAGGCCGAGAUCCCCUCAGCACCCCCCAGCUGGCACCGGGGCACGACCCCCACCCCACAGACCCGGGCCCCGAUCCCUGGCAGCCAAGGGGCCGUGGGGGGGGGGUUGCAGGCUGGAGCCCAGCGCCGCAGCAAGGAGCAGGAGCUGGAGCCGGAGCCGUUCCUGGCCCCCCUGCCCCGGGGACGCAGAGCUGGGCGUGGGGGCGAGCGUGCACACCUGCGCCGAGGCCGUGCCCUGGCCGAGGGGUUUCAGGCGGGGCAGGAGCAGGACGAGAAGCCCCAAGUCGCAGUGAGCGUGCAGGUCGAGGAGGUGUCCUCACACAAGAUGCCGUCCACUGCGGCACUGCAGGACACUGGCGAUUGCUGUCUGGAGGAACCAACGGCCCAUCGUGUGGACAGGCCUGUGGAGGAGUCAGGAGAGAGGGAAACCGCAGCGCCUCCUGUCCCCAGAGAGGAGCCCCUGCCCCCCCAGGACUCAGAUUCCCCUGAAACCAAGCAGACCUGGGAGCUCUCAGCAGACAAAAGCUCCUCCGGCUGGUGCCCCAGGCCAGGCCCUUCCCCAAGAGCAGGUGCUGGGACCCUGAGCAGCGCUGAGCAGAAACCUGGAGCAGAGCCUGUGAAGCUGGAUCUGCAGAGGACUUGCCCAAGGGGACUGGGGGAGAGGGGCUCCCUGACACCUGAGCCGGGCCCAGUGCAGAAGGGGCAGGGCAGGCCUCCAAAGCAUGGGCAGAGCCUGGAGCUCCAGGAGGUGUUCGAGGCUGUGGCAGUGUAUUUCACGCGGGAGGAGUGGGAGCUGCUGGAUGAUGAAGACAAGGUGCUUUACCGGGACCAGAUGCUGAAGACUUACCAAGUCCUCGUUUCCCUGGGAUAUCGAGGUCCCACACCUGCCUUAAUCUGCAGCAUCCAGCAAGGACAGGUGGAGCUCUGGGGCUGUGAUGAUGAGAGCCGUGGGAAAAUCUCCAGAUCAGAGGACCUGCUGCCAGCAGGUGCCUGGCUGUUGAGCAGAGCUGAGGAGCAGAGUCCUGCAGAGCUGGAGCCACCGUGGACUUCCCCAGGGAAUUUGGGUGCAAUGGACUCCCUGAGACUCAAGAAAGAGCAAUGGCACAAGAGUCCAGGGAGGCCCCAAAAGCAGAAGGAGAAUGUGGCAGUGAACCAGGUACCAUCUCCAGCUGGGGAUGAGAAUGGAGAAGGGGCAGAACCCAAAAAGAGCCCUGGGUGCAGGGAAGAAUGUGUGGAGUUGAGAAACCUAAAGAGCCACUGGAAAGAGGCACUGCAUCCAAGCCAAGGCAGUAGGGAGGGACUCAGGGAAGAGCCGGAGCUCACUGCUGUUCACUGGGGCAAAGCCCACCCCUGCCCUGAAGUCCAGAAAAGCCUGAACUGCCAGUCACCCCUGGCACUUCACAAGAUAAGGCACACUGGGGAGAAGCUCCACAUAUGCACCAAGUGUGGGAAGAGCUUCACCCAGUCCUCCAACCUAAACCGACACCGCCUCAUCCACACAGGGGAGAAGGCACAUCAGUGCUCCGAGUGUGGGAAGAAGUUCCACUUGUCCUCCCACCUGGCCCAGCACCGGCUCAUCCACACAGGGGAGAAGCCACAUCAGUGCUCAGAGUGUGGGAAGAAGUUUCACUUGUCCUCCAGCCUCACCCGACACCGGCUCAUCCACACAGGGGAGAAGCCACAUCAGUGCUCAGAGUGUGGAAAGAGCUUUAGACGGCUCUCCGCCCUGACCCAGCACAGUUUAAUUCACAUGCCAGAGAAGCCACUCCAGUGCUCUGAGUGUGGGAAGAGGUUCCACUUAUCCACCCACCUGACCCAGCACUGGCUCAUCCACACAGGGGAGAAGCCACAUCAGUGCUCAGAGUGUGGAAAGAGCUUCAGAUGGCUAAUCAGCCUGAACCAGCACAGGCUAAUUCACGUGCCAGAGAAGCCACAUCAGUGCUCAGAGUGUGGGAAGAGGUUCCACCUGUCCUUACUCCUGACUCAACACCAGCUCAUCCACACAGGGGAGAAGCCAUAUCAGUGCUCAGAGUGUGGGAAGAGGUUCAGCCUGGCCUCCUACCUGACCAAACACCAGCACAUCCACACAGGGGAGAAGCCACAUCAUUGCUCAGAGUGUGGGAAGAGCUUCACCCGAUCGUCCAACCUGACUAGACACCGCCUCACCCACACAAGGGAGAAGCCACAUCAGUGCUCAGAGUGCGGGAAGAGCUUCACCCGAUCCUCCACCCUGACCAAACACAAGCUCAUCCACACCGGGGAGAAGCCACAUCGGUGCUGAUACUGUGGGUAGAGCUUUAACCAGUUUUCCCACCUGGUCCGGCACUAGGUCAUCCAGACAAAAGCAAAGCCACAUUGGUGCUGAGAGGAAUGGGAAAAGCAUCACCCAGUCCUCCAACCUGGCCUGGCACCAGCUUGUCCCCAUGGGGGAGCAGCCACAUCAGUACUCAAAAUGAGGGCAGACCUGUGGUGGGCCAGUAGAGGGCGCUUCUGUGCUGAGCUACCCACCUCCCUGUGCCCCACCAAAACCAUGCUUCAGGGGCCUCCCCUGGGGAGCCUGCAUCUGGCCAAGGCCCUUCCGGGAGCAUACCCACAAGCCUGGGGUAACCACUGCCACCACAAGGACCUUGGUCUUUGAAAGGGCUCUGUACCACCCAGGGUACACAGAACUUGUUGACCUUAGGGGUGCUCAGCGUACUGUGAUUUUUUGGGGUGCGUCUUUUAGCCUGAAGCAUUCACUAGCAGCCUUCUGCAUGGGAGGAAAGUAAAAAAGCCAUGCCCUUCUUAGCCAGCCGAGCAAAGGGGCUAUACAGGCAAGUCCCAGCCACAUAAGCAGUUACAGCACGGUGUGCUAUGACAAAUAGCUUUAUUGCUUAAAAAGGGAGAGGGGGAGGAAGGAAUACAAAACAAUGUGUUGAAAGAAAACCAACUUGACCAAAACAGAACUGGCUCGUUAGCCCUUGUGAUACAAAUCUAAAGGUACAUAACUCUAAUUCAGGGGUUCCCAACCUUUUUAUGCAGAGGACCGGCAAACUGUGGACCGGAAGAGACGGCACACUGGCCAACUGUGAACCAGCAGUGACCGGCAUACUGUGGGCAGGCAGGCAACCCAUUUUUAUACCGAGUACAGUAUAAAAAAUGGUGGCUGCUGGUACGCAGUAUGUGGGUCACUUCCAGUCUGCAGAUUGCCAGUGUGCAGUCACUUCUGGUCUGGCAGCCAGCUCUCCUGCAGACCAGUAGCCAACCCUUCACGGCCCAGGCCCUUGUCAUGCCUGCUCUGAUUUACUGGAUAAAUUUCAGGAAAGCUAUUUCUAUGUCCAUCCAGAGGGUUCUGGAGGCCCAUGCUUCAGUUAGUGUUUCCAAAAAUGUCUCCAGAAGCAGUCCUCACCUAGACCAAGUGACCUGACCCUUAAAUACCAUUUUUUGAUCCCAUCACCUGGCUCCCCAGAAGCAGGAAAUAUUGAAACCCAGCUGAGACAGACCAAUCUUUGUGAAAGACCUCAGAAUCCCCAGGUGGAGGGCCCAGCCUCCCCGAACAGGCCCAGCAGGGACCUCGGUGGGGAACUGAAAUGAUGGGCCUCUGCAGCAUGAGGAGGGGGAUGGGAGGUGUCAGGCCUGAGGACAGAGAAAGAGAGCAGAGGAUUCCUUCAUACCUUCAACCUGACCAAACACCAGCUCAUCCACAUGUAGGAGAAGCCACACUGGUGCUCAGAGUGUGGGAACAGCUUCCCCCAGUUCUGGCACCUGGCUUGGCAUCAGCUCAGCCACACAGAAGAAAAGCCACAGUGGUGCUUGUAGUAUGGAAAGACCCUCCCCCACUCCUCAAAACUGGCCCAGCAAGAGUGCCUCCACUUCCAGGAGGAUCCAUAAUUUUGCCAGCAAUGCAGGAAGGAUUUGGGGAUGGUUACCUGCUCAGCACCCCCCAGUCUCUGCAUCCAGGCAAGUGGACUCAUGCCUGUGGAUUGCAACCAUAGUUCACCUAUCGUUUGGCCCUUCUAGGGCACUGCACAACCCAAAUGACAUAGAGGCUGGCCCCCAAAGUUUGAGGGGAAGGGGUUGGAAAGAAACUCCUCAGGCAGAGGCCAACCCGGAUGCUGGGGGAACCUGUGAGAUGAUGAGCCUUGCCUUGAAGCCUGUGCCAUCCCCAUCAUUUUCUGAAAGCAGUCUGCUCCCAGGGGGAGAAGUGCCUUCACAAUAGGGUGCCCUCCCAAAGGCAGCUGGCUCCAGCUGACGCCCAGGGACUGUCUUCAGCUAACUCGCAGCUUUGUCCUCACUCCUGGUCCUAGGGUCCUAGUAUGUGAGGCUCUUGAGUUGCAGGAAGGGGGCACAUUGCUGGCGAAGCAGUUCCCUGACUUCCACCCUGACCUUGCCUUUCCUCAUCAUGAUGUCACACCUAUCCCAGGCCUGCACAUGCCCAUCCGGUGUGCAAGCUCCCACUGCCACCCCCUGAGCCCAGUUUGGCAGGUUUUGCUGCUUAACCCCUCGUCAGAACUCUUCAUCACCUGGCACCAGCAUCCCCCCCCCCCUUUGCCCUCCUUCCCUUCAUCCCAUUUUCCAUAGCAGGGUCCUUGCUAAUCAAGUCUUACAACUUAAGAGGAUAUUCUGGUGGUUGGUAUCUAUGUCCUCUCCAGGUCUGUGAAAUGUGAACAGACCAGAGCCCAGACCCUUUGGGGGGGCGAUGCCUCUGUGAUUUCCCAGCCCCUUCCCCUGCCAGAGAAUUCUCCACAAUCCAGGUGUUUUCCCAAACCUUCAGGAGCAGGAGCUGCUCACACUCAAGGCAUUACACCAGUGUCCUGCUGUGCAGCAACAACCCUGCCCUUUUGAAUAAAACCGUGGUCUUGGAAA